UCACUGUUCUAAUUGCGAUCGGCGCGUGACCACCAGUCUUUCGGAUCAUCAGCAAAAAUCAGGAAUUCGACUUCGAGAUGCUGAAGCGCGAUCUGCAGAAAAUCACACUCAAGCUGUCCGAUCUCAAGGACUAUGAGGUUGCCCGCCAAAAGAACAAGUUAAAGGGCGCCCCGCGACCUAGGCUUUCUCAGGACGCCCUCCCCGGAGACGACGCCUCCACUUCGGGAACAACGGCAAGUUGCAGUUCCAACACGGAAACGGCCACGGAAACCGCAUCGGGAUCCGGAUCAGGGUCUGGAUCGGGCUCGGGUUCUGGGUCCGGGUCGUACAUUACGGGAAUGGGCUACCGUUCGGAGACACCCUCCUCCGCAUCGUACACCACGUCGACGACCCCGACUCCGGCCACUCAGGAGGAGAUACUGAGACCCUCGUCCGCCGUCACGGCCACCACAACCACUGGCACCACUAAUUCCGGCUCCACGGAUGACGUGAGCGUGGCGGCCGUAGUGGAUGACACGGAUACCAUUGACGAAAUCAGCGAUGACAACUGGGUGGACCUGAAUGCGGACACCAACGAUACCGUUGAUACCCAGCCGGAGGAGCAGGACCAACUGCAAGAGGUGGAGGAGGAGGAUGGGGCUAGGGGAGGAGUGUAAUCCUGACCGCUUAUCGCGUUAUGAAAACAUAGCGCAGCUGCACUCAAAGCCCACCCCCCCCCCCCCCAUUUCACAUUCCAUUUAUCAUAACAAUUUGUAUACGUAAACAAGUAUAAUAACCCAUUGCAUGCUCCACUUACCUAGCUGCUAAUAAUAAUAGUUUGCAAGGUUAUAUGUCGCUUAUGUCAUCUUCAAAUCGAAACAUAUGCAUUUUAUAGAUUUGGUUAACUACGGUAAAUGGUUUUGCGGCCUUUUAAUCGGGAGGACGUGCGAUCGGAUUAUAUCGAGUGGGGAAUGCGGGUCCUCCUAAUUGGCUCUCCUCAGAAGGAGCUAGGCAAGCGGCAGACGACAACAAGUGGCUUAUGGCCACCGGCAACAGGUGGACGCAGUGGAGUGGGCACUAGGGACUGUUGUGGAACGAGAUGCUAUUCAAGCGCCCAAGGG